UUAAAUUCUUGUGAUCCAACAAAUUUUUCAGACGACAUUCAGAAAGCUACCUUACACUCCAAUAAACUAGGACAAUUGUCACAAAAAUGAAUGUUGAUCAUCCUAAAUAUCUUCAUUCAGUCAAAACCAAAGAAGCUGCUGCUGCUGCUACUACUACUACUAUUGGUGUCGCAAGUUGUAAGGUGGGGAGAAGGCGGAGGUUGAUAUCUCGAGAAGCUUCUAAUUUAAGUAACUUCUCCGUGGAGGCCGGGGGUGGUGAGUAUCAUGCACAAGAACCCGCGGCUGUGCCCUUUGUGUGGGAAUCAAGUCCAGGUACACCCAAGCGCCAUAUUAUUAUGAGGUCUUCAAAUUGUGAUCAUGAAGUUGAUCACUUAUUUCCUCCCUUAACUCCCCCGCCUUCUUAUCAGUAUAAAGGUAACAAAUAUGCAACCACAAGAAUAAGGCCGGCUUUUACUUCUAGCAAGAAAAAGAAAGAAAAUGAUGCUAAUAGUAAUAAUAAUGUUAAUCUUAUUCAAUCAAUAUUUCCAAGAUUGUCUUUUACUAGAGAUCAUUCUCCAACAUUGUCAUCAUCCUCAUCGACCAAAUCAUCAUCACUGCCAUCAACUUCUUCAUCGUCAUCGCCGUCCUCACAAUCACGUUCCGUGGUGUCAACUCCUCCUCCUAUACAUAGGCAAAAGUUGUCAUUUGAGUACCCUAGUGCAGAAGUAGAGGAGGAGGAAGAGGAAAGAGUAGUGGGUAUACGUAGGAGUGGUUCGCCUGUUUCUACUUUGUGUUUUAGUCGUCUUUCUUGUUGCAAUGCCAAGUUCCGAGGUCUCUACUCGACUUGGUUCUAGCUUAGAUGAGCAAUCGCCAAUGCAUCACAUUGGCUACCAUAUAUAUAUAUUACAUUUUUUUGCGAAUUCCAACCAAUUAGUUUUGGUGAUUCCUAAUUAGAUCCGUAUUAUGUAAGCUUAGGAUCUAAUCGUUCUAAGAAAUACCCUAAAUGCAAAUAA